AUGUCUGAUUUUCACGAAGCAACAUUUACAUGGCCGGCGGGUCCUUCAAAAGUCGUGGUCACGGGUCCAUUCGACGGCUGGUCUGGCUCGACCAUCUUGACCAAGUCGAACGACGGCUUCUCUGUUGUGGUCAAAUUGCCGUGGAACGAGAAAGUACCCUACAAAUUCAUCGUCGACGGCCAGUGGACCGUAGCCGCCUCGGAACCCACCGAACGCGACGGCAGUGGUAACAUUAACAACAUCUAUACGUCUCCAACAAAGCCUAUUGUACAAGAAGUCAAAGAUACUGCAUCGGAUCUUGCAGACUCUGCCUUGGCCACCAAAGGUGCACCGACCAUUACAUCCUAUGUCGCCUCUGGCCUUGGCGCAGCCAUUGCGUCCGUGACCGGCUAUGACCCUAUCAAUCCUCAACAGAUUCCCGUCGAAGAGGCAAAGACUGUUUCUGAACCUGAUGCGACAAAGGCAGAACCCGCUCCAACCGUUGAAACCGUGUCGGAUCCAAUCCCCGUCAAGGCGGAAGCCCCCGUGGCUACUGAUGAAUCGAAGCCCCUUGAAGCCGUCAGUACCUCAGCGUCAGCGGCUGUUUCGCAAACGACUGCCGCCAUCUCAGAUACGGUACAAAAGGUUCAAGAAACUGUCACAAGUGGCACAGAGGCCGUCACCAAAUCAGAAGUCAAUGGUGUAGUGGUGGACAAGGCUCCCGAACCGUACAAAGAGGCCAAGACUGACGAGCCAGUGCUCGUGGUUGAUGCGCCUGAGCCGUAUAAAGAGGCCAAUGGCACACUCCCCGCAGAGAAACUCGAAGAGGCUCCUCCCUCGGCUACGGAGACAACCAGCGCGUCUGCCGCGUCCAAGGAUGAGUCUACAACCACCGAGACGAAGAAAGACGGGCCGUCGGCAGCAGCUGAGGAGAAAAAGGAAGAAACCAAAGAUGCAACUCCACGCGCGUCAACGACUUCACCACCGCGUACCUCCACUCAGGCCACGACAUCUCCACCGACGACACCAAAGAAGAUGCGCUUCCCCGGUCGACGAAGUUCCGAGGCACAUUCGUUGACCGGUAGCGAGUCGGCGGAUUCGCCAAACGCCAAACGCAAGAAACGCGAGUCGUUCUUUGGAAAGAUCAAGCACGCAUUCUCUGGAUCGCCGGAGAAGAAGAAGGGGAGCAAAGUGGUGUCAGAGGCGUCUUAG